UAUACGUCAUACGUAACAUGGCCGCUUUCAUUCAAAUUUCACAUUUGACUUAUCUGUAGGCUAGCUGUUGUGUUCUAUUUGCCUCAUCCCAUAUUUCGCUUAAACCUGCUCGGAUGAAAGCUCUACAGAAUGCCCAAAUAUUACGAGGAUAAAGAGGACGAUGGCCGCGCCUGCGCUGGAUUAAGAGAAGAUUUCAAAGCCUGUCUCCUUCAGCAUGACUGUGUAGCGAAGGAGGGUAAGAAGCCCAGUGAGUGCCUGAAGGAAGGACAUUGCAAAGGCUUGCAUGUGGCUUUCUUUGAGUGCAAGAGAUCCAUGCUGGACACCCGAUCUCGAUUCCGAGGCAGAAAGGGAUACUGAAUAACGCCUUCAAUGUGAAUAACAUGUUUUGUAUCAAGAUGCCAAGACAUGCUCUCAAAUGUGUAAAUAUUAUGCUUUUUAAGCAAAUUUGUCUUGUGAGUUGUCAUUGACUCAUGAUGCUUAUUUGGGAGCAUGAUGAACUGCAUCAACACCAGAAAUCAUCAAAUAAAACGGAUUUCCAGUUCUGAA